AUGAGGAAUGGUCCAGCCACUCACUGGAAGAACCCAGACCACCUUGGGCUUCGGGCCACUUUUGAGGCAGCGAGAAACGCCCUUAACAUCCAACGGGUGCAGACUGUUGAUGAAGGCACCUACCGCUGCAGGGUGGACUUUAGAAUCAACCCGACACUCACCUUCACCUGCAACCUCUCCGUUGUUGUGCCUCCCAGUCGCCUGCUAGUUUACACGGAGAUGGGCGAAGAUGUCAGAACUGUAGUGGGCCCCUAUUCAGAGGGGGACACAAUAACUAUCAACUGCCGCGCCAUUGGGGGGUCACCGCUCCCGAGAGUCACUUGGUGGGAGGGCGCAGUACUCCUCGACAUGACCUCGGAGGAAGAAACAUCAGAACACGUCACCAACACGUUACUUGUUCCAUCUCUUACAAGAGGUGACCUCCACCGGCCGUUGACGUGCCAAGCUUCUAACACCAACCUUACAAAACCUCUAGAAUUCACCGUUACAAUAAACAUGAACUUUCCGCCUCUGUGGGUUCGAAUCCUUGGGGAUAGAGCUCCACUAAGUGCCGGACGCCCGUAUGAUCUACAGUGCCAAGUUGUGGGAGCCAGACCUCCUGCUGUAGUUACCUGGCGCCUUCAGAAUACAGUUCUCAACAGCCACACAGACAAGCCAUCAUCAUUAGAAGCUGAAUGA